AUGAGCGACAGAACCGACAGCAACCUCGAGAAUGGCCCUACCGACUCUGAGAAGUCUCCAAACAGCCCCUCUGUGUCAUCCGACCCGGCAGAAUCAAAAUCACAACCACCACCAGAAGCACCCGAAGGAGGAAGCAAAGCCUUUCUUUCGCUACUUGGUGGCUCGCUGGGGCUUUUUAUCUCCUUCGGCUCAGAAAUCUCCUGGAUCACCUCGUCUGAAUUUUUUUUCAUGCUGUUUGCAUCUCCUCUUUCGGGAUAUCUCUUUGACAACUAUGGGCCACGACUGCCCAUCUUUCCCCUCAUGGUCAAAUACCUUCUACCCGAAGUCGGCUUCGGAUGGACGAUGCGCAUCUGUGCUUUUUUGAUUCUUGCAAUAUGGCUCAUUACCAUGGCGACCAUUGCCUCUAAUCUGCCUCAUGGCGGAAGGAAGUUCGAGAUCUCUAAUUACACUCGUCCUUUCACGCAGCCAAAGUUCCUUAUCUUGUUAGGUUUCUGUUACUUCCUUUACUGGGGUCUAUUUGUACCUUUCAACUACCUUGUCAUCUCUUACGUUGGGUAUGGCAUGUCGCUGAACAUGGCUUUCAAUCUGAUCCCUAUUAUGAACGGUGCCAGCUUCAUCGGUCGUACUGUUCCCAAUGUCCUCGCCGACAGAUACGGUCGCUUCAAUGUCCUGAUUAUCAUGGUCUUCGCGACUGGAGUCAUCACACUGGCCCUGUGGCUGCCUGCCCACAGCAACGCCGCUCUCAUCUCAUAUGCUGCCAUCUUUGGCAUCACUUCCGGCACUUGCAUCGGCUUGACACCUCCUCUGGUCAUGACCAUCUUCCCACCCAGAGAAGUCGGCUUCCGCAUUGGCACGGCUUUGGCAAUCGCUGGAGUUGCGGCACUGACUAGCCCUCCCAUUGCCGGUGCUAUUGCUAGCAAGAGCGGGGGAUCGUAUGAGAACUCGACCAUUUUCAGUGGUGUGAACUUUAUGAUUGCUACCGCUUUCUUGAUCUGGCUUAGAGUUCAGGUUGCCGGGUGGAAGCCAACGACUAUAGCCUAA